AAGCGUGUGUGUUUGCUGCUGCUGCAACAAAAGUGAAUUUCCCUCUCGCUUCUUUCAUUUCACCAGUUCACUACUUUCGCCUGUCAUAAAUACUGUUUCUUUCACCCGAUUGCCGUGAGGCCUCAUGACGUCCUCCACACUAGGCAUCUGAACAGAUAAUGAUACCAGUUAAACUGAUUUUUUGGGUGUUUUGUGCACAUUUUGUAAUCCUGCCAGAUUUGGCUCUAGCGAAUGAAUGGACGGGUGAGACUAUAAUUAAAAUAAACAGCAAAAAAUACCACACUGAGGAGUUCACAAACAAAGUGUUACAUUUAUUCAUUUCUCCACAGCAACUUACAAUUAUUUACCCAUUUCUACAGCUGGGUAAUUCGUACUAGAGUAAUUUUAGGACAAGUACCUCGUUCAACGGUACUGCAGUGCAGUUACUAGACCAGAUUUGAACCUGUAGCCUUUGGGUAAUAAGUUAAGGCAGCAGCGCUAAGCACUACAGUGACACCCGACAAGGUGUGAUUCAGGUAAACGAGGCCUGUAAACCACGGAUUUUAGACGGAAGUGUCAAACGGAGAGGAAUAAAGUAAAACUAAGCUAAAUUAUUAAUAAACUAAAAAGGUAAAAUACAGCACUGGGCGGAAACGUGCGCGUCACAGUUGCGCCACGAUCACACAGCCGGAGGAGGGAACUCGCGCACCUGCGCGCGCAUUACUUUGCUGAAGGAGGACAUCAGCCCGGUGGCGCGAGCCGCCUCCCGCGCGCCGCCUCAGCUCGCAGCGCGUGCGCGCCUCCGCCGCCAGGUAUGCGGUGGAACAGGUAGGGCACGUGAUGGGAAGGGUGUCGGAGCGAGGAGGAAACGCACAGGUGGGCUACGCAAAUUCGGGCUUCAUUUAACAAAAACAAACAAAAAAAUUCCAAUUCCCUAUUUCGUGGGUGCCGAGAGGGACUGCGAUGCUGGGCGUUGUAGGGCUGUUCGUCGGUGCGUUGAUCGCUCUGCACCUGGUGGAGACCAAGGUUAUCCGCAGCGCUAACGUGUUCAUCCCCGAACAGUCGGCCUUGUCCUUCCUGUCUCGCCGCCUCCUCUACAACAGCUGGGACUUUGAACUGGUUGUGCCCGGGAACCUGGAGCGGGAGUGCUACGAGGAGGUGUGCUCCUACGAAGAGGCACGGGAAGUCUUUGAGAAUACGUCUAAAACGGACUCCUUUUGGAUAGGUUAUGUCAACAGUCAUGAGCAUUCGCCUAGGGUGGACAUAUCAGGGCUGGUGGCGGGGAUCCUCGCCUUGGUGGUCAUCAUAGUUUUUGCCAUAAUUCUGGGCUGCUACUUCCACAAGUCGAAGAGGACAGGGCGCAGGGUCCCGGUGAACCUUGCCACGGACGCCCCUCCGCCCCCCGAGAUGGUGCCCUUGUCCGGAAUAGGGGUUCCCGGACUGCCGUCAUACAACGAAGCCCUGAGCCGGAGCGGGCAGCACGAUGCCCCUCCGCCGCCGUACUCAGGGGAAGCGCAGGCAGACGCGCCGAGUCCUGCGGAAGACUGACGGCAGGGAGGAGGUCCGGGUUAGGAGCCGAACCCCCCGGCGGCGCAGAGCCUUAACCGUGUCAGGUGGAUGGAGGUAGACAAAGGGAAGACGGGAUCCAGGGAAACCAAAAGGCCUCAGUGGAGGGCAAAGGGUUCAUCACGUGGAAAACUGUUCGCAAGUUCGUACUGUUAGUUUCAUUGGAAAUGUGCAUAUUUAUUUACACCUCACUACGUGCCCCAGACCUCCUGUGUGAGUGUGUGUUCUUCUGGACCAUUUUUAAUUUUGUAAU